AUGAGGAGAAAAUCAGUGGAAGAAUUUAGGUUCAAUACAAAUAUGGAUGCUCCUCCUCAUAGGAUUCUUGAUAUCCACAAUUUGGAUCCUCCUCCGUAUUGGAUACCUUUACAUGCAAUGUCCAAAGAGAAAUCCGGUAAAGGAUUUUUGGGAUUGAAGAAAAGUGGAGGACAAACUUUAACGGAUAAAAUCUCCCAUUCCAUCGGUAGUCACACAAGGAAACGCAGACCACACAGCUUGGAAGCUGAGGCUUCAUCCCUGCAGUAUAUGGACGGUGCAGACCCUCUGGAUGUGAACGUUGAAGAAUCGUCUUCGUAUCCUGAAAACUUGUACCCAAUUUACCUGCCCAUGGAUCAGGCUUUCAAGACCAAAUAUGUGUUUGCGACCAGGAACAGGAAAGCUAAAUCGCUGCAAGAAAGAGUAUACACUCUGCUUGAGCAUCCGUAUGGGUGGAAGUCUUUCAUCUACCAUUUUCUUGUGUUCAUGGCAGUUCUGAUAUGCCUGAUCUUCAGCGUGCUGUCCACGAUUCCAACUUACGAUGAUUUCGGGACCGAGCUUUACUAUAUGGAGAUAUUUCUGGUUGUGUUUUUCGGGCUGGAAUACGCGGUGCGGCUGUGGGCGGCAGGCUGUCGCUCCAAGUAUAUGGGCUUCAUGGGCCGAAUUCGCUUCAUCAGAAAGCCCAUCUGCGUUAUAGACCUGAUCGGCGUGCUGGCGUCAGUAGUCGUGUUGAUCUGGGGCAUCGACGGGCAAGUGGGCGCGACGUCCACGCUGCGGGGCAUCAGGUUCCUGCAGAUCCUGCGCAUGCUGCACGUGGACAGACAGGGGGGGACUUGGCGUCUGCUGGGGUCUGUGGUCUUCAUCCACAGACAGGAACUCAUCACUACGCUGUACAUCGGCUUCCUGGGCCUGAUUUUCUCUUCGUAUUUUGUGUUCCUCGCCGAGAAGAGAGAUGACCGCGACGACGCUGAUGUCCUUAAAAACGACACGCUCAAGACUGACAUCACGAGCUAUGCUGAUGCUCUCUGGUGGGGUGUGAUCACGGUAACGACCAUAGGGUACGGUGAUGCCGUGCCCCGUACAUGGAUGGGGAAGCUCGUGGCGUCGUGCUUCAGUGUCUUCGCCAUCAGCUUCUUCGCGCUGCCCGCGGGCAUUCUAGGGUCAGGGUUCGCCCUGAAGGUGCAGCAGAAGCAGCGGCAGAAACAUUUCAACCGCCAGAUCCCGGCCGCUGCGCUGCUCAUCCAGUGCCUCUGGCGCUGCUACGCCGCAGACGCGCACUUCAAUUCCUCAGCCACGUGGAAGAUACACAUGAAGGAUCCCAACCAUGGCAACCACUCGCAGAUUACGCCACUCAGCAAGGAAACCUCGUUAACGGCUCCGCUAACUAAGAUGGCCAAACGAGCAAGCGUUCUUCGACGUCGGAAGUCCAGGAGUAAAAUGGAUGUCUCUGGGUCUCUGGAUCAGCAGCAACAGCCACAAAGUUCCCCGCAGUCUCUGCAAACCACGCCUCAACCACCGGACUCUAAUACCACAGACACGGUCUUCUACAUGGAAGAAACGCGAUCAGACGCCCGAUCAAGGAGAGAAGGCGACCUGGUCUCACAGGGAGGCGGGCUGCUGUCCAGAACUUCUACGCUGCACAGCCAAGCGUCCAGCGGCACCGAGGUCGCUUCAGACGACAUCGACUUGGACAUAGAGGAGCCCAGGGGACUAACAACGCUAACAGACGCUCACCGGAACGCCAUCAGAGCAAUACGAAAAAUAAAAUAUUUCGUCAGUCGACGAAAAUUCCAGCAGGCGAGAAAACCGUACGACGUGAGAGACGUCAUCGAGCAGUACAGUCAGGGUCAUGUCAACAUGAUGGUUAGGAUUAAAGAGCUUCAGCGCAGGCUCGACCAAACCCUGGGCAAGCCCGGCAGUUACCUCGCCGGCAUCGACAAGUCUGGCAACGUUCGCCCCAUGACCAUCGGGGCCAGGCUGUACAGAGUCGAGCAACAGUUGCAAUCACUUGACAAAAAACUGGACCAGAUCGUGAUAUCCUGCAACUCACUUGCGGAUCCCCAAUGGUCGAAGCGAAAAUCUUUGCCAGAUUCUAUUCCUAACGAAAAUCCUGUCAAUUAUCUGAGAUCUCAUACAACCAAAGUGGUCAGCCCAAAAAUGACGCUUGAAGAACGACAAAAAUCUUCUACGUCACAUGAAGCCGCAACCUGUAUCGUGGAUAGUGAAAUUUUGACAGGAUUUGGAGCACAAGAAUCAUCGGUGAUGGGAGGAGAAUCGAAUUUGGAUGUGGAAACAUUACCAGGUAGUGGAUGUGUAAAAAGUGAGGUAUACCCAUUCACUGUUGGACCCCCAACUGACGCGACAUCUGUGAGGGGGCUACGUAUAUCAAGCUCUUUUUCAGAAAAUGGUACAGAGCAAAGUCAAGAAAAUGAAGAUGGUUUUCGAAGAACCGCUUCAUCGUUUGACAUGCCCAACGACGGACCGAGUGAAUUUUCUAGUCCAUUUCCAGGCACAGCCAGGAGCCAAGAAGCAGGGAAUCCACAAUCUUUUACUUUAUUUCCCCCUAGGACAUCCUCACCCGCAUCAGGAAUUAUUGCCCCGAUCGCCUUACCAGAAUUUAAAAGCGACGAAGAUUCAAUAUAGCCACCGCUGAAUCAACUUGAUCAAUUCAAUACCAUCACGUGUCGAAUAAGAUUCAUUAUAGAGAAUAAUUUGUUGGUAAAUAGUGAAAAACCUUUGGUAUAUUAUAUAUGUCCAUGGACAAUUCGAAAUUCCACAUAUCAUGGCGUUAAAAUAUAAGGCUAAGUAAAAUCAUCUUUAAAAGAUUUUGACCUUAAACUUUGACAUUCGCUCUUAUGCUAACGAAACUAAUUUAUGCAGUAAUGAGAACUUUAUCAGUAGAUACCUUUGUGAAUCCUUUUGAGUAACUACAAUUCAAUUUAAUACAUGUUGUUGAACGUUACGCCAAAUGUGUUUCCACUCGAUUUUUUAUUCGUUAUUUCAAUCUUUGAUGAUUAAUGUUAAGAAUUUAUUUGAUGAUUGCAUUGGUCACAUACGCAGCUGUGAGUGAGUUCUGCCGAUGCUAUGCUACAGUAGAAUAUUUCUUUAUUUAAAUAGCGAAGAGAGCGUUAGUAGAAUAAGGUCCACUCUUCUUUAAAGUAUCACACCAUUUUAAUUCUAAGCACAGAGCUUUAUCACCCUUUAUAAUAAAACUUAAAGACUUCCUCCUUUAAAAACUAUACAGCAAGAAGGUGUUACCUUCCUCAAAUUAACAUUAAUCUCUAAAGAAAUACAAAUAUUUAACGUUUUAUGCAUUUUGUGCAAUUAA